GGGAGCUGCGCCGGGCUGGGCUGUGCGCGCUGCGCGAGGGACUCGCCUGGGCGGAGCGGGCGCGCGCUUGGCUCCGGGGCAGCCGCUCGCUCGCUAUGAAUGCGGCCCGGGCUCUGCUCUCCGCCGUGUUCCUCGCCUGCUUCUUCUGGGGGGAUCUGCCCUGUUGCCAGCAGGCCACCAUCCCCGCCGACGACGCGCCCAGCGAGCCUCUCCGGGAGUCCGAGCAGGGCAUACGGAACCCACAGGACGGCCAAGCGCCCCGAGACGCCGCCGCCCGGAAGGGACCCUCCGCCUGGGCCCCGCCGCCGCCGCCGCGAGUGGAGCCCCACGAGUACAUGCUCUCCCUCUACCGGACCUACUCCAUCGCCGAGAAGCUGGGCAUCAACGCCACCUUCUUCCAGUCCUCCAAAGCCGCCAACACCAUCACCAGCUUCGUGGACAGGGGGCGAGACGAUCUCUCGCCCAGCGCUUUAAGGAGACAGAAGUAUUUGUUUGAUGUAUCGACUCUCUCCGACAAAGAGGAGCUGGUGGGAGCGGAGCUGCGGCUCUUUCGCAAAGCCCCUGGCGAUCAUUCCUCCAAGGCGCAGACAGGCCUGGCCCAUGUGCAGGUCUCGCCCUGCCUGUCGGGCCGCCUCCUGGACUCCAGGACUUGGGGCCUGCACGAGGCGGCGUCGGCCCAGGCCGGGGGCGGCUGGGUGGUGUUUGAUGUGUGGCAGGCUCUGCAGCCUCACCAGCCCUGGAAAAAGCAGCAGCAGCAGCCGCAGCAACUGUGCCUUGAGGUGCGCGCCGUCGCGGGGACUCGAACUCACGCCCAGCAGCCCCUGUUGGACCUGCGCGAUCUGGGUCUGGGGCGAGGCGCUCGGGCGCAGCAGGAGAAGGCACUGCUGGUGGUUUUCACCAAGUCCCGUCGGAAGAACCUCUUCUCCGAGCUGCGCCACGAAAGGGGAGGCCAGCAGCAGAGCGCGCACGCGCCUCCCCAGGAAUCGACGGCCGCCGCGCAGUUGCGCUUGCAGAGCCGUCGGAUGAGGCGCACGGCUUUCCACAACCGCCACGGCAAGCGGCACGGCAAGAAAGCGCGGCUGCGGUGCAGCAAAAAGGCCCUGCACGUGAACUUCAAGGAGCUGGGCUGGGACGACUGGAUUAUCGCCCCUCUGGAGUACGAGGCGUACCACUGCGAGGGCGUGUGCGACUUCCCGCUGCGCUCGCACCUGGAGCCCACGAACCACGCCAUCAUCCAGACCCUCAUGAACUCCAUGGACCCGGGCUCGACGCCGCCCAGCUGCUGCGUGCCCACCAAACUGACGCCCAUCAGCAUCCUGUACACGGACGCGGGCAACAACGUCGUCUACAAGCAGUACGAGGAUAUGGUCGUCGAGUCCUGCGGGUGCAGGUAGCGCCGCGCCUCUCUGUCUCCCCCUGGAGGGAAGAAAAAGAAGCACCAGGGAACUUGGGGAGAGAGAGGGAGAGAGAGCGCGAGCGCGCCCACGAGGGACUCGUUAGGGGUAGCCCUGCGCAGGGAGGAGAAAGCAAAAGAGGCGCUCGACGGGGCGGCCGCCGCUCCAGUUGCCGCCGCCGCGCGCGUCUGGGAAGCCCUCUGGAGUGGGAUUGAGGAGCGCGCCUGCGCCCUGCUAAGCCCGCUCCCCCCAAGCGCUCCGUGCACUUGUCAAGGGGUAGCCACGUCGGGGUGGAGAGGCGAAGAGGCCUGCUAGAAAUUGUGCCCGCGCCCACCCCUCCCUGCUGCCCAUCAGCUUUCUAAGUUCAGGAUUCCCUUUUGGUGGACGGAGCAGACGGCCGUUUAAGGAGCGAGGAAAGACAAGCGCAAGAACAGCUCUCCUCUGGUUCUGAAAACACGGGGCAAAGGCUAGGUAGGAGGAGAGUAGGCGUCUUCCUGAUGCUCUGUGGCUAGGAGUAGCUGGCCCCAGUCUGCUCCCCCGUAUUUGAUAUUAGGGAGGGGUAUUGGUCAGGCAGAGUUUUUCCAGAGAUGGGGGUCACUUUAGUUUGAUCUCCUCUUACCUACAAAUCAGAGAUGCUCAGAGAAGGGGGUGCAGGGAAGCAGAGGGGACCGGAAAGGAAAUCCAGAUCAGCAGUGCCUUGGAGAUCAGUGUUGUGAGAAACGGUAAUAGCCACUUUCAUGAGUGAUGCUCAUGGUGGCUGAUAUCUCCCCCAUCCCAGGACACCCAUGUCCCCCUUCCACUUUCCAUCCUCCACAAGUAACUUAGCACAUGCUUACAAAUUGCCUGGAUGGUUUUGUUUUCCAGUAGUUUUACCCAGGAGGGCAGGUAGGAAAGCACCUGCCUCAGAGACGCUUCCUGUCGAGAGAUCAGCAGGCAAUAAAUCAUUGCAGGGGGUUGGACUAGAUGGAUCCACUGGGUCCCUUCCAGCUCUACAAUUCUAUGAAGGCAGGAGGCUGAGGCCUAGGGGAUCGCCGUGGGGAAAGGGGCCGUGGGAACAGAAAAUGCCAAAUACUUCCUGUUAAGUGUCGGAUUGUAUUCUUAGGGUUGUCUGAAGAUAUAGGCUUUCUUUUAUAAGAGGAGAAAUGGGAAAGAGCAAGUGCAGAACAGAGCUGGCUUGAUAUUCCUCCAGAAACAUCAGGAAGUAUUCUCCUUUCUGUUGAUUAGCAGGCUGAAACCGCCUUCGACACCCCUCCCCCCCCAAAGUGCAAUGCCAAACUGUAAUUACCAGUGAGGUUGGGCUUUAGAUCCUAGUAAUGAAAAGCUGUGAAAGGAGUUUAAAGAAAGCACACACAAGAUGGGUCCCCCCUUUUAAAAAAAGAUAGGUUGGAAACACCUUUUAGUUUCAAGGUAAGUUUCGCCAGGUAGCUGAAUUAGGUUCCAGGAGAAGGCAGGCGCCUUACAGGAAGCUACAGCAGUAUUACACAGUUGCGCAAAGUGAUGCCGAGAGCAAGCGCGUCGCUAUGAACAUUUGCCUUCUUUCCCAGCCUUCCGCAAAGAAUGGCUUGACGUACAAGAUAAUGCACUUCUGAGCAUUCCUGAAGUCCAUGGGGAGAUUCCUUCCUCCAGUGAAUUCUAGAGCGGUUAGACUAUAUCUUGACUUCACAGAGCUGCAAAAAUGGCCAGGGUGGGGGGUGGGAUGGGAUGGGGGAGAGAAGUACAAGUGUAAAAAAAGUAAAUAAGUAAAUAAAUAAUAUAAUGAUGCUAAUAAAGGAAAGUCUCGGCCAGGAGCAAUAAUUGUUCUUUAAUGCACACUUUGGUUUGGAUGCACUGUUGUUCAUAUUGAAGCUGUAAAUACUUGUUUAUUUAAACAGACUGCAAAGUGCAGAAAUGGUGGCAAACAACAUUCAUUUCUCCCCCUCCCCCUAAAUGUCCAAAACAUGAUAUGCACUCAAAUGUCUAAUUUUUUGGGGUUUAAAAAGUUUAUAUUUGAGCUGUACAGAGUUGAGCAUUAAUCCAAUAUUUCAGCUGUAUGUCUGUAACAUUAUCGUCCCCCCCCCUUCUUGAAAUGUUAUUGCAAGAGUUAAAAUUCUGUGUUAAUAAUGGAGAGUUCUUUUUUUCUGUUGUCUACCUCACUACAUUGCAAGAGCACAAUCCAACCGGGAAGGUCUGCAUGCCUUGCUGCGAAAGGCCUGUAGCUUAGUGGUAGAGCAUCAGCUUUGCCUGCAGAAGUUUCCAGGUUCGAUCCCCGGGCAGAGCUGGGAGAGACUUCCUGUCCGAAACCCUGGAAAGUUGCAGCCAGUCAGCUCGAACAAUACUGAACAAAAUGGGCCAUUGGUAUUAAGCAACUUCCUUUGUUCUCAUGAUGCUACGCAGUUCCUAUUUCAGUGAGGCUGAAGGAGGAGAACUUCCUGCUGGGUUGUGCGCCAAAUAAUAUGCAACUCUUAAGGCUGUGUACCCAUGGCAUUUUAUUCAAGAACCAAUGGAGACAGUGCUUCCCCCUCCCAUGUAGUCCGCACACAAUUUAGAUCUGUUGCAUAUUUUUUUGCCCCUGAAAAGCUUUUCUUGAGAAACUGGCUCUGUUCUGGAAAUAAAAGCUCAUUGCGGAUGGAUUCUGCAUUGCCGUGCAAUGUGCUCAUUUGCAAAUGGAUGAAAGCAGCUGUAGGCAGUGCCAGCAGUGGGUGUGGAUGUGUAUCCCUACACCUGUUCGGUGAUGCUAUGGGUGGGCAUAUAUAUCAAGUUCCCAGUCGCCACUUCCUGCUUUGUUCACCCAGGGCAUGUGCAGGGAAGAAAAGGAGGGGUUAGCCUAAACAAGGGGAGGGGUUCCAAAUGUCUUAUCAGGUAACCACACCCACCCUUGCGGAUAGCAGGAUCUAGAAUCUACAGUAGUUUGAAAGUGACAUGUUGUGGACAAGAAUGAACAGUUCCUGAUUGAGAAAAAAUAUCACUUUCGUGCUACAAAUGGAUUAGUGUGUAUGGAGCCUAACACCUUUUAAGGUAAAUUAAUAUUCAGAACAUUUUUACUGGAUGGUACUUAAACCACAACUGUAUUAUUAAACUCUAUCCUCCCUGGAAGCCAGUUGCUUUUUCUGUUCUAUUUUGAUUAAAUACCCGUGCAUUAAAAACCAAAAAAACCC